CCGAACUCUGCCCACUUCGCACCAGCGAAUACACCUGACGAUUUGGAACACCGAAAAUGUUUCUAAAUUUGAAGCACACACCGAUAUCACUAGUAUGAAAGUCACCACUACGACAGCGGGAAAAUGGACAUAUGGCUCUGAUACGCGAAGAGACAGUUGACAUUUGAAAUGCCAUGCUGUGAGUGUGAUCCUGAAGUCAAUCCGACAGAACUACUAACGUUACUAUGGCAGCAUGGGACCUGUCAGUUGCAGUGGAGGACCUGGGAGCUGAUGCUCCGCCCAUCACUGUCAGUGUGACCUCUGACCUACACAUAGGUGGGGUCAUCCUCAAACUGGUGGAGAAGUCACAGGUAAAGCGUGACUGGUCAGAUCAUGCCCUGUGGUGGGAGCAGAAGCAGCAGUGGCUCCUGCGAACGGCCUGGACCCUUGAGAAGUGUGGCAUCCAGGCAGAUGCCGGGCUCAUCUUCAUGCCCCAGCACAAGCCCCUGAGGCUGGGCCUGCCCAACGGACUGAACCUCAGGCUCCGGGUCUGCUUCUCUGGGCCUGUGUUCCGCACUGUGCUGGGCAUCUGCAAGAUGCUGAACAUCCGUCGGCCAGAGGAGCUGUCCCUGCUGCGACCUGUAGAGGAGAAGAAGAGGAAGAAAGAUAGAGACUUGUCAGAGGAACUGUAUGACCUCACAGAAGUGCCUCUCACCUCAGUGUCCCGCCCCUGCUUGUAUAAUGGAAUGCCUGCCCAUUUCGCUGACUCCCCUAAGACUGAGAAGGUGUACAAGAUGCUGUCAGUCGCCCAGCCUGCUCCCCCCCCAGAGGCCAUUGCUAAGCUUUACCGCCCCGCCAGUGUGGUAGACAAGGCCCACAUCCACAGCAGGUGGCUGGACUCUUCUCGUUCACUGAUGGAGCAGGGAGUUCAGGAGAAUGACAGACUCUGGCUGCGCUUCAAAUACUACUGCUUCCAUGACCUGGAGCCCAAGUAUGAUGCGGUGCGUCUGACCCAGAUGUAUGAGCAGGCUCGCUGGGCCAUCCUACUGGAGGACAUAGAAUGUACCGAGGAGGAGAUGCUGCUGUUUGGAGCUAUACAGUACCACAUCAACAAGCUGUCCCUGUCGGAGCCCCAGACGAUGACCUCCAGUCCGGCCAUGGAUGACCUGGACUCAGCCCUACAGUGUCUGGAGGUCAAGCUGGUCGGGGCGGACAGCAGCCCCCAAGACAUGCUGGAGAACCUGACCGCCCCAGAGCUGAAUGAUUAUUUGAAGAUAUUCCGGCCCAAGAGGUUGACUCUGAAGGGAUACAAGCAGUACUGGUUCAAGUUUAAGGAUGCCUCCAUCUCCUACUAUAAGAGCAAAGAGGAGAGCCUGGGAGAACCCAUUCAACAGAUCAACCUCAAAGGCUGUGAGGCUGCUCCAGAUGUGAACGUUGCUGGACAAAAGUUCUGCAUCAAACUUCUGAUCCCAGCUCCAGAGGGCAUGAACGAGGUCUACCUGCGCUGUGAAAAUGAGGAGCAGUAUUCCAGUUGGAUGGCAGCGUGUCGUCUGGCCUCUAAAGGGAAGAGUCUGGCAGACAGCUCAUUCCAGAGCGAGGUCCAGAGCAUCCGAUCCUUCCUGGCCAUGCAGCAGACCAACCCCAACACACACACUGAUGACAGCAUGAGCAUCAACACACACAGCCUGGUCUCUCCACGCUACAGCAAGAAGUACAAGGCCAAACAGUUGACCCCUCGUAUCCUGGAGGCAUAUCAGAACGUGGCUCAGCUCUCCCUGACCGAUGCCCUCCUCCGCUUCCUCCAGAUCUGGCAGGCCCUGCCUGACUUUGGUAUCUCCUUGGUGGUGGUGAGGUUUAAGGGCAGCAGGAAGGACGAGGUGCUGGGCAUCGCCCCCAACCGUCUGAUCCGUAUCGACCUGGGGGUGGGAGAAGUGGUCAAGACCUGGCGCUACAACAACAUGAGGCAGUGGAACGUCAACUGGGACAUACGACAGGUGGCCAUAGAGUUCGAUGGGAACGUGAACAUAGCGUUCAGUUGUGUGACGGCUGACUGUAAGAUCGUCCAUGAGUUCAUUGGAGGCUACAUCUUCAUGUCGACACGCAGCCGCGAGCAGAGUGACACGCUCAACGAAGAGCUCUUCCACAAGCUGACGGGGGGCCACGAGGCUCUGUGACACCCUCACCCAGUAAUAUACAGCAGCUAUAGCCCAAGGAGCAAUCUAUACAUCCAUACAGCAGAUACACCAGUGGACAGUUUGAUUGUUUUAGGGUGCGGCUGCAGCAGCCUUGAAGAGAAAUGACAACCAGUCCACGCUGGGAUCCUAACAGACAUGCAGUUGACUAUUCAAUAAAUCAAGGAAGAGGUGACCCAUGAAUAGAAAGUUAUAGAAAAUUAUUAACAAUGUAAUGAAUUGUCAAUUCUGAAAUCCAGAAUUAAAUAUGUUUAUUGACAUACAU